CGGGCGAGCGGGGCGGGGCGAGCGCGGCUCCCAUUCGCCGGCCGCCGAGCCGACUCCCCAGCCGCGGCGGCGCCGCCUGCCGAGCGCAGGGCCCGGGACCGCGCCCCUGGCGGAAGCAUGCUGGACUUCGCCAUCUUCGCCGUCACCUUCCUGCUGGCGCUGGUGGCAGCCGUGCUGUACCUCUACCCGGCUUCCCGACAAGCUGCAGGAAUUCCGGGGAUUGCACCGACCGAAGAAAAAGACGGUAACCUCCCCGACAUUGUGAGCAGUGGAAGUUUGCAUGAGUUCCUGGUGGAUUUGCACGACAGAUACGGGCCCGUGGCCUCGUUCUGGUUCGGCAGGCGUCUUGUGGUCAGCUUGGGCACCGCUGACGUCCUCAAGCAGCACUUCAACCCCAACAAGACCUCGGACCCAUUUGAAACCAUGUUGAAGUCAUUACUAGGGUAUCAAUCUGAUGGUGGGAGUGUGAGUGAAAGCCACGUGAGGAGGGAACUGUAUGGAAAUGCCGUGACGGCUGCUUUGCAGAGGAACUUUCCUCUCCUGCUGAAGCUUUCAGAAGAGUUCUUAGAUAGAUGCCUGUCCUACCCAGAGAGCCAGCACGUGCCCCUGAGCCAGCACAUGCUUGGCUUUGCCUCCAAGUCUGUCACACGGAUGGUCCUGGGUAGCACGUUUGAAGAUGAACAGGAAGUCAUCCGCUUCCAAAAGAUUCAUGGCACAGUUUGGUCUGAGAUUGGAAAAGGCUUUCUCGAUGGGUCUCUUGAUAAAAAUGCCACUCGGAAGAAACAGUAUCAAGACGCCCUCAUGCAGUUGGAAUCUACUCUAAAGAAAAUCAUAAAGGAACGAAAAGGAAGGAACUUCAGUCAGCAUAUCUUCAUCGACUCCUUAAUCCAAGGGAACCUUAAUGAGCAGCAGAUCCUAGAAGACAGUAUGAUAUUUUCUCUGGCCGGUUGCAUAAUAACUGCAAAGUUGUGCACCUGGGCAAUCUGCUUUCUGACGACUUCUGAAGACGUUCAGAAGAAGCUGCAUAAGGAGAUAGACGAAGUUUUCGGGAAGGGUCCUAUUACUUCAGAGAAAAUUGAGCAGCUAAGAUAUUGCCGGCAUGUGCUCUGUGAAACUGUUCGGACUGCCAAACUAACCCCAGUUUCUGCCCGGCUUCAAGAUCUUGAAGGAAAAGUCGGCCCAUUUGUUAUUCCUAAGGAGACCCUCGUCCUUUAUGCCCUCGGCGUGGUUCUUCAGGACCCCAGCACUUGGCCGUCCCCACACAAGUUUGAUCCGGAUCGCUUUGCUGAUGAAUCAGUGAUGAAAGUGUUUUCUUCGCUUGGCUUUUCAGGCACGUGGGAAUGCCCAGAACUGAGGUUUGCUUAUAUGGUGACCACGGUGCUCGUGACCGUGCUGGUGAGGAGACUGCGCCUUCUUGCUGUGGAGGGACAACUUUUUGAGAUGAAGUAUGAACUGGUCACAUCUUCAAGGGAAGAAGCGUGGGUCACUGUCUCCAAAAGAUACUAAACAUUUAGACAUUUUAAGUCUUUGUUAAGUAGAUGAAGGGAAAAAGCCUAUUUAGAAUAUGUGCUGGUCCUUUUACAAACCUAGUAUCAUUUUGUAAUGUAAACCCUAUUAGUGAAGUAAAUUUGGAUUUUUAUAUAUCAAGAUUUCUUAAUGUGUGAUAUACAUUUAUACUCAUUACAACAAUAUAUUGACAAUUUUAAUAGGAAAGUUUCAUUUUCUUUUAAUUUGUAUCAUUUUCUAAGCCAUUAUUUUUAAUCUUGAUUUUCUUAGGUUGAUCUCUCAAAUGAAUAUAUUAUUAGUAUUUUUUUUUUUUUUGAUUUUCAAGACAGGGUUUCUUUGUGUAGUCUUGGCUGAUCUCAGAAUUCACUCUGUAGACCAGGCUGACCUUAACUCAUAGAGAUCCACCUGCCUCUGCCUCCUUAGUGCUGGCAUUAAAGGUGUGCACCACCACCGCCCGGCUCAAAUGAAUAAUCUUAGAAUUCUUUUGUGUGAGUUGGAGAAUCACAUUUUCUGAAUAUUCAUAAAGAAAAACAAUGUUACCUCUUUUUACAUUUCUAAUAAAUCACCUAUCACUCUA